AUGAAGCUCCUCAGAUGGAACUUCAAAAACAUGGUGCCCAUCCUGGCCGACUUUGGCAAAGCCGAGCUGCUCACCUGGAUCGCCAUUGGCUACACAGCCGUCAACUCCUGCGUCGUGCCGCUUUGCCGCAGGCUGGACAUGUUUGGUGAUGCGAGGUGGCAUAUUUACAUGCAGCUUGUAAGCAAGGUGAUCGGGGGCACCAGGUAUCCGAACCAAAUGGCAAAGGUGGUAGCCAGAGGCAAGCUUUACAUAAGCGUAACGCUGUAA